AAACCUAACCUAUAUCCAUGUUUCCAUGUUUGUCAAUAUGUCAUUUUGUAUAGCAUAAUAAUUAAUUGUUACCUGUCACAUUAAUUUUCAACGUUUAGUUAACAAACAGUUAAAGUUAAUGUUGAAAUUUUUAAUGGACUCCUACUUUAGUUGGUCUAAACAAUCACAAGCUCUCUGGAUUUGAACAUUUUUCGUGCUUGAAAGGUUAUCAUAGGCCUUGUGUAAAGGUAGGCCUACUACAGUAUGGAAGAGUUCCGGGAGUGUGCUGAUAUCAAUGAAGGCAGCAGAUACAAACAUGAGAGAACUAUUGUUCAUAUAGACUUGGAUUGUUUCUACGCUCAGGUUGAAGAAUUAAAGAAUCCCGAGCUUUCAACUAAACCUGUGGGCAUCAAACAACAACAUUAUGUAAUCACAAGUAAUUACGUUGCUAGAGAAUAUGGUGUUAAAAAGUGUAUGUUGAUAACAGAAGCUUUAACAUUAUGCCCAAAACUAAUUUUAAUAAAUGGAGAAGACUUGCACGAUUACAGAAUUAUGUCAACCAAGGUCUCUGAUAUAAUAAAACAAUUCAGUUCUAAAGUUGAAAAGCUGGGAUUGGAUGAAAACUUUGUCGACGUUUCUCAUUUGGUUGAAGUCAGAAUGAACUCUGGAGGACAAAAAAUAGUCAAUUCAAUUCAAGGUCAUAUUUACAAAAAUGAAAUUGAGGUGAAUUGUGGCUGUGGCUGUAGAGACAGACUUACUGUCGGUUCACACAUAGCAGAAGAAAUAAGAAAUAAAAUAAGAGAAGUAAUAGGAUUGACUUGCUGUGCAGGUAUUGCUCAUAAUAAGUUAUUGGCUAAACUAGUAUGUUCCACACAUAAGCCCAAUCAACAGACGACUGUAUUCCCAUGUUCUGCUUCUACCUUAAUUUCAAAUCUGAACCAUGUACGUUCAAUACCUGGCAUCGGAAGGAAAACAAGUGAUAUACUCGAGGCUUUGGGCGUUUGUACAAUCACUGAUCUUCAGAAUUCAUCAUUAAAUCAACUGGAAAAACAUUUAGGUAAACCACUUGCCUCUUGGAUAAAAGGAGCUUGUUUUGGUGUGGAUGAUUCAGAUGUAAAGGAAAGUGGGAAACAACAAAUUAUAGGUUUAGAAGAAGCAGCAAAAAUGAUAGCUACAAUAGAAGAGGUACAAAAACGGAUUUCUUCUCUGGUUGAAAGAGGUCUCAUAUUAAUCGAUGAAGAUGGUCGCUAUCCCACAGCACUUCGUGUAACAGUACGAAAAUACUCAUCAAGUGAAGAAUACUCUAGGCAGAGGGAGAGCAAGCAAUGUGCAAUAAAUAGCUCACUAUUCAAAUCAAAAGCUAAAGAAGAAAUUUGUGAAAUUGCUCUUGGUUUGUUUAAACAAAUUGUUGACAGUAAAAAGCCAUUCCAUUUAACACUCAUAGGAAUAGCUUUUACAAAAUUUGUAAAUGUAUUACCGGCAAAAAGUUCCCUUUUAAAAUUCAUGGACAGUAAAUAUGUAAAGAAAUCUUCAAAAUGUUUACCGGGAACAAGUGUUGAGAGCGAGGAUAUUUAUGACAAAAAUAACAAGCCUAAUAAUAUUCCAAGUGAAAAAUCUGGCAGUCCAGCAAUUCUACCAUUAAAAUUAAGUCAUAUAGACAAAUCGGUUUUAGACGAGUUACCACCGGACAUAAAAGCUGAAAUAUUGCAAACUUAUUCGGAAGAGAAUACAAAUCCUUCAACUUCUCAAGGAUAUUCACGGUGCCCUCCUGGAGUUGAUGUUAGUGUAUUUAAUGAGUUGCCAUUAGACAUUCAGAUGGAAUUACUGAAGGAAUCAGAAACCAACAAUUCCAAUCAAUCAACUUCCAAGAAACAAAAAUCAAUUUUUCAAUACAUGAAAAGAGAAAGAGAUACUAAAUAAAUAGUUGGUUGAGAACAUAGACAAGAGCAGUUCAAGAUCCAGAAAGAAGAAGAAAUGGAUAUAUCCAUUCCACAGAAGGUUUUGAAAUAUGAAGAGUUCAUCAAUGAUGUCCUUAAAGAGCAGUUAAAGAAAAUUGAAUUUGAUAUUG